GAUGUUCUUUUUCACGUUACUAUUGUUGAAUUGAGAUUUGAACAGCCGAAUUGUUCCAAAUUGCUGUUGGUUAUUGUCGCAACUUUGAAUGACUUUGUUUAGUUGCGAAAGUGAUUCUGCUGAACAGGCGUCAACGACUGCAGAUGAGGAUAAUGGUGAUUCAACUAGACAUUCAACUAGUGAUAGCGUUAAUGGGAGCACUACUGAUACGGACUCAAAUAAUGAAUCAUCAUUGACCCCUUUUGCUACUAAAAAUAUGGUACCAAAGGAAAUCAACGAAAAAAAGUAUUCAAAUGGAAUUUUCGACAAUAAGAAAUUGAAUCUUCAAAGUGACACUGAAACGAGAAACUUGCUUGAUGAUGUUGGUGAAGAUUUUGAUGAAGAUUACAAUCUAAAUUUGCAGGAAUCCGAAAUUGAAUUGGAUCCUCGUAUGUUUGAUUUAUCAGAAGAGCAACUAAAUUAUUAUACAAAUUGUUUCCUUUAUUUGAUGCAAAAAACACAAGGCUCUGCUUCAAUGAAUGGCGCAAUUCAAGGUGUGGACAGAAUUGUACUUGAUUUUUUUCGAAAAAGUCGUCUUGACAAUCUCUCGUUAUCGAAAAUUUGGUCUUUAAGUGAUGUAAAUGAAGAUGGAUUUUUGAAUUUAAGUGAAUUUAUUAUAGCCAUGCAUCUUAUUGUUUUGCAUGUUAAGUGUAAUGUCUCUAUACCUGCCGAAUUGCCACAGUCUAUUCGCCUAUCAAACACUCCCACUAGAACCUUAAUUCGCUUUGAAGACGGAAUAUUUGGUGCAUUUCCGGAAAGCAGACCUAAUUCAGCAAUAAAUUCUUUCACAAAAUUUAUCCCUGAAUGUAUCUCUUCAAGUUCUGGUGAUAGUCAACAAAUGACAAAAUCUUUAUUAAAUUCAAAUGAAAAACAAGGUUUUAAUUUAAUAUAA